UUUAAAUUAAAGCUUAUAGUAUUAUCAUGCACUCUAUUCUUUACAUUCUUAUUUCUUUACGAUGAACCAAAUAUGAAUUCGAUCAUCACAUAUGUACAAACACCACAACAAAAUUUAUUUGAUGAUAUCCUAAAAACAGGUCUAGUUAAACACAUCUCUAGCGGUUUAACUAUAGAUGGGUUUAAAUUUAAUCUAAACAAUAAACAUUUUACUAUACUAAGUGGCUCUAUACAUUAUUUCCGUGUACAUCCUCAAUAUUGGUUCGAUAGACUUCUAAGAUUAAAAUCAGCUGGAUUAAACACUGUAUCUACAUAUGUUCCAUGGAAUCUACACCAAACCUGUCCCAAUUGCUCUCUAAAUUUUGAUGGAAUUUUAAAUAUUAGGAGAUUUUUGAUGACGGCUCAACAAUUGGGAUUGUUCGUGAUCUUACGACCAGGUCCCUAUAUCUGCGCAGAAUGGGAUUUCGGUGGACUUCCUAGUUGGCUCUUGACGGAUCCCGAUAUGAAGGUGAGAUCUAACCAUUCAUCCCUUUACAUAGAAUCGGUCAAAUUUUACCUAGCUUCCCUGCUGGAACAAAUCCACGAUCUGCAAUUCCAGAUGGAUAAAGGCGGUUCCAUCAUAGCUUGGCAAAUCGAGAACGAGCUCGCCAGUUAUUAUCCCGAGAAUGGUGGACAGGACGGAACGGAGCUGAUUCAGGCCCAAGCCUACGUGAAAUAUUUGGUGGAAACGCUCAGAAAUUUUGGCGCCAUCGAAUUCAUGUUCACCUCGGACGGGGAUAAACUAUUCAAAAAUGGGCGGGUACGCGAUUUAACCCACGGAACUGGACUAUUCGAAGCGGUCAAUUUCCAACUCGAUCCCAUAAACGCGCUCAACGUAGUGAAACUUAGUCAACCCUUUAAACCCUUAUUCGUGGCGGAAUAUUGGGGAGGAUGGUUCGACCAUUGGGGAUCGCCCCAUAAAACUUUUAAAACCGAUGUUUUCACCCAAAACCUGGAAUCCAUAAUACAACAAGGGGCAUCUUUCAAUAUUUACAUGUUUCAUGGUGGAACCAACUUCGGCUUCAAUAAUGGCGCCAAUGCCGAAUCACCCGAUAAAUAUCUCCCUACCACCACUUCAUACGAUUACGAUGCGACCGUGAGUGAGAAUGGUUUUCUUACCGAAAAAUAUUUUAAAAUUAGGGAAUUGAUUCAAAAUUAUUCGAGCUUGUUGGGCGAAUAUUCUGUUUUGAAAAAGUUGCCUCCGGUUCCGCCUAACAUCCCCGCCGCGGAAUACGGUAGAAUUUAUAUUACGCAUCACAUGACUUUGGACACCAUCAUUGAUAACAUCAAAACUCCUGUAAGUUCGGAUCGGACCCUUUACAUGGAAGAGAUUAUGCGUUACUUUUACUCUGCAGACUCCAGCUUUUCUAAAGCGAAGGCGCCCUCCGGGUUUGGAUACGCGCUCUAUCGGGCUAAUCCCACCCCUGUCGACGCUACCUCGUUGGCCAAAGUCAUCAUUCAUUCGCGCGUGCAUGAUAGGGGGGAUGUUUACUGGAACGAUCAGCUGAUGGGUGUUCUGAGUGACGCGAAUUUUACUGCUGUCAAUGUCAUGAUCGAAGAUUCGAAUAAAGCCAAAUCAUACAAAUUGGAUAUUUUGGUCGAAAACAUGGGGCGAGUUAACUUCAAUUACUAUUCUAACCCUAUCCCCGACUACCUUAAACUUGACAAUCAAAGAAAAGGUAUAUCGGGUAAGGUUUCUUUUCAAGGACGCGAUAUAGAUAAGUGGAUGACCUAUCUUAUCGAUUUUAACGAGGAAUGGAUGGAAGGACUUCCCAGAAAUAAAUUCAAUAAGGUGAAUCAGCAAACCGUUACUGUCCCGUCACUUUUCAAGGCGAUUCUCGUGAUCGAUAAUCUUCCUAAAGAUACCUUUGUCGAAUUCGAGGGUUGGCAAAAAGGUUGUAUAUUCGUGAAUAAUUUUAACAUCGGUCGUUAUUGGAAUAUUGGCCCUCAGAGAACUCUUUACAUACCCUCCGCUUUGUUACGUGUUGGGGAAAAUGAGAUCCUAGUAUGGGAGUUGGAACGCAUUGGCCAGAGCUUGAAUUUCGUUAAUAAUCCAGUUAGGGAUAUGAUUUGAGAUCCCCGGUGUCGAUGCUUAGAUUUUCUAUCGAACUUAUUUUUAUUAUAGCUAAAUUUUUUGUCAAAAACUAAUACACUUUCUAUUUAUUUAUUUUUUACUAGAAAAAAUUAUAUUUUUUUUUAUAAAUCAAAGUAUUAUCAUGCCAUUUAAAAAAUUAUUCUAAUAACAAAAGUAUUAUAUUAAUGUUUAAAAAAAACGAAUUAUCUCUGACAAUCCUUUUAGCAUCAAAAAAACUACUUAGUAUUUGUAUUUAUUAUAAUAAAUAUUAUUUUUGUGAUAGAUAAAUUUAAUUAUUAUUUUUGUGAUAGAUAAAUUUAAUUAUUAUUUUCGAUAAUUAAUUCUUACGAAUUUUGUUUCUAUAUUUUUUUUUGUUUCAAGCGAUAAUUCUUCCUCCAUCCCCCAUUCCCCACAUUCACAGUUAGCGGCAAAUUGGCUACGAAGAAUACAAGUAAUACAUCAUAUUUUGUAAACUUCGCCGCUAAUUCGCGCGGACCGUUAAUGUAGGGUGAUAAUAACCGGUUUUUCUUCCUUUCUUAAUAACUAUGUAAUUUAAAUUUUGAAAAAAGUUUUUAAAAUGCAAAUUUUAUAUUUUAUUUAUCAAAAUGCACUUUUGUAAUAACCGUAUAAUUAUAGUUUAUUUAAAUUAUUUGGAUGAACUUAAUGUUUACUAUUUCAUACCAAUUUUUUUAAAAAAUAUAUAUUUAUAAUAACCAAAAGGUUUUGCCGUUCAAAAAAACUUUUAAAUGAUUUAUACUUAUAUAAUGAUUAUUUUGUCACUUAACGCAUACAGCUUGCUCCGAUAGAAAAUAUUUUACGCGCGUUUUAUUCAAAAUUUAGGAAAUUAUGUUUUUUUUUGGCGCUUCUAAUAUAUUUUUUUGUAUGUACAUAUUUUGCAAUGUUUCAUCUAAUUCCUGUUAUUAAAUCAUUCACCAAGGCAAUCUUAAUAUAUUUAGGGAAAAAAUUUAUUUGCAAGAACGAAUGUAU